CUCAAUCAGUAUAUGGAUCUCAGAAUUACGCGGUGUCUUUGAGCUGUUUACGAAGAUAUUGUCGGUAUAAAUUAAAUGCUUUUCUGUUUAUCUAGGUCAGCCGAUGCAGGAGCCACUAAUGUUGCCAAUGGAGGGACUCCUCAACCGCGACCACAGAACAAGCGCCUGCAACAAACACAAGCUCAGGUUGAUGAGGUAGUAGAUAUCAUGCGAGUAAACAUGGAGAAAGUUCUGGAGCGCGACGCCAAACUUAGCCAGUUGGAUGAUCGAGCAGAUGCUUUACAGGCAGGCGCUUCACAGUUCGAGGCCAGUGCUGGUAAAUUGAAGAACAAAUAUUGGUGGAAAAAUAUGAAGAUGAAUAUAAUCAUUGGUGCAGUUGUAUUGGUACUCAUAAUAGCACUAGGAUAAUGUUGUGGCACUUAAUGUCGUUGGUGUUGUGUCCUUUUAAAAUGGUAUAUAUUUGGCGGGAAGAAACAAGAAGCAGCUCCUGCACCAACAGCUUUACCUCCUCCAGUACAACACGCCGCACCAAAUUCUCAGAGUCAGAAACAGCCGUUGAAGCAUGAAGCUCCUCACAGGCGUCGUCGGGAAGCUUCAAUGUUCGGCACUACUCCCCAAUAACAAAACAGAAACUAUUAGCAUUCAUAGAAGUGGGAAGUUAUUCCAAUCAAUAGGACUACUCUAUCUUUUAUUUUCACGUGCUAACGCGCGAAAUCUGCAUCUGGAAACCUAAUCACUAAGUUAUCCUACUAUGCAUUAUGUCGAUGACCUCCUAUCUUCGUCUAACUUGUUUCAUUUACAAAAGAAAUCACCAUUUUGGUGUUUUGUAUGUGAUUUCCUUCCUCGUGUUAAACUUUUUGUCAGUAUCAUUUGUCUCGCGUCAGUUCAAUUGAUUUUUGCCAUUAGGGAUUGUAAAGCGUUUCAUUGUUGUUUAACUCCGGAGUUAAAACUAUAAAUUCCCGUAUGAUUUGCAUUAAUUACGUUUACUUAUGUUAUCAUAAAUCAUGAAAGCUUAUGUUCAACUUCCUCUCGUAUUACUCUUUUUCAAAUCGACAUUUGGAUAAAUACACAUAAUCAUAGUUAUAUAUAUAUUUAUGAA